CGAAGGGUGUCAAUCUCACGCGUACAAUGAAUACAUUUUCAAACGAAUUUUCAAUUAGUUGGUUUUUCCAAAAUGUGGCGGACAAGUCUAAAAAUGAAUGUAAUUUUGUGCGUGUUGUUUUCAACGUUAAUUUCUUGUAUAAGCUGCGAAUUAUUAAAGCUGAAGGAUGGAGCAAUUAAUGGAACUGUUGGCAAGUCGAAGAAUGGUCGUUCAUUUUAUCAAUUUUACAGUAUUCCUUACGCAGAACCUCCCGUCGGGGAGUUGAGGUUGAAGCCUCCGGUUGCACCUAAACCAUGGUCAGGUGUCAAAGACGCUACCAAAUGGCCUCCCAAAUGCAUCCAAACUCCAGUAUCUUUCUUCUCUUUCGGUGCACCUACCAAAGUACAAGAAGACUGCCUCUACUUGAAUGUUUUCGUACCAAAUGAUUUAUUUAAACCGUCUGGUAAAGCUGCGGUUAUGGUAUGGAUUCAUGGAGGAUCGUUUCAAUUCGGUUCUUCGGAAGAUUACAAUCCAGAAUAUUUUAUGGACAAAGAUGUCAUUCUUGUAACGAUUAAUUAUCGAUUGGGAGCAUUAGGUUUCUUUGGUAUGAAUAAUGACGUAAUCAGCGGUAACUUUGGACUAAAAGACCAAGCAUUAGCAUUGCAAUGGGUCAAAGAGAAUAUCGCAGCAUUUGGUGGUGAUCCUGAUAAAGUCACAUUGAUAGGAGAAAGCGCUGGUGCAGCCUCUGUGCAUUUACAUAUGUUUUCUCCGCUCAGUAAAGGACUGUUUCAAAAAGCGAUAAUGCAAAGUGGCAGCGCGCUUUCUGGCUGGGCUGCCCGCGACUAUGGGUUCGUCGAAGCUUUAUCCACAUCAUUUUUAGUGAUUUCUGGUUGUUUUCGUAACGAUUCCACUCGGAUUUUGAAAUGUUUGCAGAAUUUACCAGCCAACGAAUUCCUAACUUUAGGAAAAAGAAUAUACGCCGGAAAUAAUACCGCAGCUACUAUGCAUUUCAAGCCUGUCGUUGAAUCAAAUGUGAAGAAUAAUCCUUUCUUACCGCAAGUACUUGAUAAAUCGACAUACCUAAACAAUGUACCAUGGAUUGGUGGUAUAAAUUCUGGCGAAGGAGCGAUGGGAUUGGCAUUACUUUUAGGUAAAGGAGGAGCUUUGGAGAAUGUUACGAAUGUCACCACAAAAACCCUCGUACCGGUGAUAGGGUCUUAUCUUCAUUCACUCGAUCCUGAGAAUGUUGAAAAAAAGGCUCAAAAAAUUGUCGAUUUUUACUUCAGUUCCAAUGAUACUAAAGCAAGGAGGUCAUUGAAGUUUGUUGAUAUUGUUACAGAUUCUGCAUUCUUAUAUCCUCUAAUAGAAACCAUUCAAUCGAGUGGUGAGCAGAAAUACGUGUACUUUUAUGAUCACAGAGGGUCGUUUUCAUGGCAAGAUUUUGCCAAGUUAGAUGUAGAUCUUGGUGUUUCGCAUGCCGACGAGCUCCCCUUAUUGUUCCGUAGUAAAAUAUUGGAAGCUAAAUGGAACCCUCAGGAUAAACUGGUUUCAGAAAAGCUGCUAAAAUUCUGGACUGAAUUUGCUAUUAAAGGCGACCCUAAUGGGGAAUCUGAAGAAAAAUUAUGGAAGCCCACCAAUUCCGAAGGUGAUAUUGAAUAUCUGCACAUUAAAGGCAACAGCACAACGAUGGAGAAAAAUAUUCUGAAGGAUAGAUACGAGUUUUGGGAGUCGUUGUAUCACACCAAUGACUAGAAAUGAGCGCUUAAAAGCAAUGCUCCGAUACCCAUUCACCCCCCCCCCCCAUGAAACCAUACUGAAGACGCAGAAAUCAAUUUCAAACGGCAGCCAGUCAAGAAUUUGGUUCAGGUGCCGAUAUUUCCGAGAUGCUUGUAUGAGAAAUUCAGCCACACAUCUCGAGCGUGAUUUUUUCAUCAUAUAAUUUUCCCAAAUAUCUCGUUGCAGGCUCCAGAUCGGUGGAAAUAUCUACCCAUUACUUUACUGUAAGAUAUGUAAGCAAAUAGAAUAAUGUCAAUAAAUUGUUUCAAAGAAA